UGACAAAACGUACAUGGAAAUAGUUUUCAUUUCAUAGACAACUAUAUGUCUAUGUCUAACAUUCAAUGAAAAUCCCGUGCAUGAUAAACGUAUACAGGUAUACAAUGUAAAUACUGGAUAAAAAAAAAGGAAUUUAGUCGAGUUCCUCAGACUUCUCAAUUGAAUCUGUAUAAUCUACAAGCUCGUCUGCCAAAUAAUCGUCUACAGAAUAAUACAUAUGUAUAUACAACACUAAAUAUUAGAGAAACAGAGCGUUAUAAAAUCGAUUCCCGUUUGAAUGUGACAAUCAGAGGGGUUACCGAGGGUAGCUGUGAGUAGCGGCCCAGACGUUUCAUUGCGCUGGAUGGCGUUAUUGGGUUCGUCGUCUUCAUCGGCGAGGACGGUGUCGUGUGUUGACCUAUGAACAACACCUUAAAUAGUACAGUGACUGAAAUAGGCUGACUAAACAGAAACAGAAUUUAGUACAAAGUCGUUUCAUCAGUAAUUAGAGCUACAUAUAUUAAUAUUACAAAUUCGAAAAAGUCUAUCAGUUUGUAUCUUUUCAUAAUAAAAACGCUGUACGGAUGUUAAUGAUUUUUUUUGCAGGUAGAGCUAUCACGACGACGAAUAUAUCUUUUAUUUUAAAAAUGCAGACGAAGUCGCGGCAUACUGUUAGUAAUAACAUAUGGAGAGACUAGUUUGUUAAUCUGAUAUCUAUCCCACACCUGGUCAGCUGUGGACAAUGCGAUGGUAUGCCACCAAGGUUCUGACCUGACCUUCGCAAGGAACGGAAACAUAUGUGUGUCACGGCACUGAAGACGGCAAUCUGCCACAGUAGCGCCGUACAACAUAUCCUUCGGCCAGUAGUUCUCCUUCAUGAAGCAUUUGCCACAGCCCUUUGCCAGUUACCUUAUGAUUACUACCACGUGUUACACUUGCCCCACGAUCCGCCACUACAUCCGGUGCUGCACAAAGCGCCACGGACCGACUUCAGCUGUGCCAGUCGAACUAGGGGAUAUUAUGCAGAUGUACACACCGGAUGUCAGGCGUACCAUUUCUGUUGGAGACAUCGACUAGUGAGCACAGACCUCUGCGCCAAUGGAACACUCUUCAAUGAACAGUUCCAAGUAUGCGAUCAUUUCUACAACGUGAGAUGCGGCUCGCCGUAUAUUGACUUAUAAAAUAAAACGCAUAUUUUAUUUUAAACUUAUUUAUUAAAUCGUAGAAAAAGUAAAAACAAUAGUUUUAUUAUCACUUAGUAUAUGGGGCGUUAAACUAAUGAGUAUUUGUAUUAAGAGAGAAAUUAUUCUCAAAAGAGGCAAAUAUUCUCACCAUUGCUUCAAUUUAUGUACUCAAACUAGCUUUUGCCCGCGACUUCGCUCGCGUUAAUUUAUCCCCUUAGGGGUGGAAUUAAUCAAAAUCCUUUCUUAGGGGAUGCCUACGUCAUGGUAGCUUUAUGCAUGCAAAGUCUCAGACCGAUCGGUUUAUAAUUGACAAAGUUUCAUCUCCUAUUUUAUCCACUUGGGGGUGGAAUUAAUCAAAAUCCUUUCUUAGCGGAUGCCUACGUCAUAACAUCUACCUGCAUGCCAAGUUUCAGCCGAUCCGUCUAGUGGUUUGGGCUGUGCGUGCUAUAUUUAGAUAUUCUAUAUGUUCACAAAAACCUAUUUCCAAAAAAAAGCAAUAUUCAUAAUAUUAAUACUAGAUUUAAAGACAAACUUUCUGUCCCCAAGUAUCGUUUAAAAAAGUCAAUAGGUCUUUUAUGGGAAUAGGUAUAAAAAUUAUGUGAGUAGGCUUUUCUCAUUGGAUAAAUUAAAAUAUAUUUAUAUUAAGUUUAAUUUAAUAAAGAUCAUUAUCACUAUUACUUAUAAAGCAUGUAUCUUUCCGAAUUUAAUUUCAUAAAGAUUAAAGACUUGAGUAAAGACUUCAUUUUUGUUUGCAAUGAUUAAAAUUUGCUUAUAUUAACUUUAUUUGAAUAAACAUUAUUUAAAUUUCUGUGAUUUCCUCCCAAUUCAAAUUGCUAUCGAAUGAUAGUUAAAACUAUAUAUUAAGAUAAAAAAUAGUCAACUGGCUGUAGCGUGAAGCACUAAGUGACUUUACAACAUAGUCUAAUUAGGAAAAUCAAGGGAUUUUACCAUGUUUUAUUUAUUUAUAUUUUAAAUAGUAUAUCUGUACAAAAUGUAGUACACUCAGAACUAUGCCCCUCCACUCUCCACGCUACGCGUCUAUAAAACCGUAACUAUAUACUACAUUUGGUCCAAUUUAUUACUAUACAAAUAUAUAUACAAUACAUA